AUGUUGGAAAGGGGCUCAGUUUCAAUAAGUUUUCUAGCCGAAACUCCUUGUGUGUUUGAUAGAUGGACGGAUAACCAAGAAGCUGAAAAAACAUGCUUUGUGUAUGUUUCGGAAGCGGUAUACCGAAGAUUCAUAAGAAACACGUCUCGUGUGUGUCUGGACUUCGGUCAAUAUGGGAUCCCUUACUCAGGAUUACUUAUUUCAUCUUUCAGUAAGGUUGAGUGA